UUCGAGAGUUUGUGGUCUUAUUGCAGAUUUAAACCGUUAGACGUUAAUCAUACGUUAGGCUUAGUCGUAAUAAUACUAGAAAGUUGUCUCCGUCUCGUUAAAUUCUAUAAAUCAACUCUCAGAAUUUCCAAUAUUUAUUUAAACAAUUAAUUACGAUAAUGGCUUCUCAAAAUGUCGACCCUUUAUCAGCAAUUGUACCACCUGAAACAUCUCGUAAAGCUUCUGAAGAUAAGCACAAAACUGAAACAGGACAACAUACUGUUAGCAAAAGACUCCAACAAGAACUUAUGAUGCUAAUGAUGUCUGGAUAUAAAGGAAUAUCAGCCUUUCCUGACGGAGACAACUUGUUCAGGUGGAUUGGAACUAUAGUUGGACCUGAGGGAACUGUGUAUGAAGGUUUAAUGUACAAACUUGUACUAGAGUUCCCCAGUAGCUACCCGUACACAGCUCCCACCAUCAAGUUUGACACCCCUUGCUUUCAUCCCAAUGUUGAUGCACAAGGCAACAUUUGUCUUGAUAUUCUGAAAGAGAAGUGGACAGCAUUAUACGAUGUUAGGACAGUACUGCUAUCUCUUCAAUCUCUACUUGGAGAGCCAAACAUUGAUAGUCCUUUGAAUGCUCAAGCUGCGAAGCUCUGGGAAAAUCAAACUCAGUACAAAAAAGUUCUCUUGGAUAAGUAUGAUAAAGAAUUCCUCCCGUUCCGUUGGGAACAUUGGUCAUCGAGACCUCGCCAUCUGCCUCUGUCAUGAGCAGUCUCCACCACUUGGUCAAAUGUUAGAUCCACCAGUUCCAAAUCCUCUCUAAAAGUUCUUCGCCAUGUCUAUAUUUCAUAUAGUUUGGGUAAUUUUAAAUGGCUUAAAUUUUAACUUGUUUAUAGUAUUAUAAUUUCCCUGGGCACUUAUUAUAGGCUUUCAUUAAGAUUGAAUUUCAACUAGUUACUUCUGUUACCAUAAAAAAGAAGGGAAAAAUUACACACUGCAAUUUGGAGCCAUGGACGUUACAAGUGUAUGGUCACAACUCACUAUUUGGUCACACAGCAGUUGGUAAUAGUUGACUAGUUACCUUCCCUUCAGUCUAUUAAUUCCAAAUUAUGGACAGCUGAUGCAUAUAGCCCUUGAGUAACUUUGCAUAAGUAUCUGAAAACAAACAUCUGGAUACUGGUUUUGUAAGGCCUAAGCUUAAUGUUUGAUAUAAAAGUUUUGUUUCACCAUUAAUGUUGGUGGAACUUUUUUUUUUUUCAAACUUUAUUGUUCAUAUCUAUAGUUAAUAUCAUUUUAGUUGUUGGUAAGUGUGGCAUUAUAGCCUUGCCUUGAUUUUUUUUGUAGGAAAUAUAUAUAUACAUGGUAGGUAUAUUGAAACAGCAUUGUAGUUGAUAUGCAGAUAUAUAAACUAAAUCCUUCAAUAACAUACCUUAGGAUGUUUUUGUACAAUUUAUAAAACUUUAAUUACUGGUUCCUGCAUGAAGUUACAAUUUCUAGAUAAAUAGUAUAUGCUCAACUUUAAACUGUGCAAGUUCUCCUUUGAGGGAAAUUCACAUUUUCACACCUCACCAACUUGUUGGAUAUGUUGGUCUUAAUAAGUUUUCCAGUAUUUGGUUAUAUGUGGAGAGAGAGAAGUGAGGAAGUUUGAUUUAACUUUUUUUGUUAACAGAGCUUGCCUAGUGAGGUGUCAUUCAUGGAAUUCCAAGUGGAAUAUAAAAUUGUACUAUAGUUCUAAACAAAGUCUGUUUUUUAUUAGAUUUAACAUUUUCUUCAUUUUGUGAAGUUGUCAAGAUUGUGGUCUGGUGAUGUAGACCAGUAGCUGCAAAGGAUAAAUGAAUUCAGACAUAGAGUAAUAGUUAUUGUCGAUAGACAUUUUUUCACAUGGCAAAAAUAUGUAUCACAUAUUAUUAUGUUAUCAAAUAAAAAACAGUGUUUUUGUUUCUUUUUUGAAA